AUUCUGUGGGUUCUGAGGUAUUUAGGAUCGAGGAGAGUGUUCAACCUGUUGUCCGUAGAUACAGGAUUGGCGGGGGCCUUCUGCGUAAUCGGGGACCGGCGUGAUUGUUAAGGGGCUCACUUAGGGUUUCUACCGUCAGGCUGCUUAUCAUGUCAUCAAAUUUGCAGAAGGAUCCUCCAACCUCUUGCAGCGAUGAAGAAAAAUUUGGUUCAUCAGAGGGCAAAUCUGAAACAUCUUCUGUCGAGCCACAGUCAGGACAAAGCAGGGCGGCUUCUGGGCCAGCAGCCGGAUUUCCUUCCAAUCCUUUUGAUUUUUCUGCGAUGACUGGCCUCCUUAAUGAUCCAAGCAUAAAGGAAUUAGCUGAACAGAUAGCAAAAGAUCCUGCUUUCAACCAGAUGGCUGAGCAUCUCCAAAAGAGUGUUCAUGGUGCUGGGGAAGAUGGUGUACCUGAAUUGGAUACACAACAGUAUUACUCUACCAUGCAACAGGUUAUGCACAAUCCUCAAUUCAUGACUAUGGCUGAGAGACUUGGUAAUGCUUUGAUGCAGAUGGAACAUACAUGUUUGCAGGAUCCAUCAAUGUCUACCAUGCUGGAGAAUUUGGUAAAUCCAUCACAUACAAACCUUGAAGAACGAAUGGCACGCAUCAAGGAAGAUCCAUCAUUGAAACCUAUUUUGGAUGAGAUCGAGAGUGGUGGUCCAGCUGCAAUGAUGAGGUAUUGGAAUGAUCCUGAUGUAUUACAGAAAUUAGGCCAAGCUAUGGGUCUUGCAGUUCCAGGUGACGCUGCUUCUUCAGCUGAACUUUCUGGACCAGAUGACGCAGAAGAAGAAACUGGGAAUGAAGAUGAGUCCAGUGUUCAUCACACUGCCAGUGUUGGAGAUGUUGAGGGCUUGAAGAAAGCACUUUCCUCUGGUGCUGACAAAGAUGAAGAAGAUUCUGAAGGGAGGACAGCUUUGCAUUUUGCAUGUGGGUAUGGUGAGGUGAAGUGUGCUCAGGUCCUUCUUGAGGCUGGAGCCAAAGUGGAUGCGUUGGAUAAGAAUAAAAACGCAGCCCUACAUUAUGCUGCAGGUUAUGGUCGGAAGGAGUGUGUUGCACUUCUACUGGAGAAUGGGGCUGCUGUCACUCUUCAGAACUUGGAUGGGAAGACACCCAUUGACGUCGCAAAACUGAACAAUCAGCAGGAGGUACUAAAGCUGCUUGAGAAGGAUGCGUUUCUGUAACUUGAAAAGGCAUGGAUGCAAGAACAACCAAACCUUUCCUAUUAAAUAUAACGGGGUGAUUGUGAUGGGCAAUCGGCAUUGGAUCAAUAGGAGGGUGUCAAUCUUCACAGCUGAAUGGGUUUCCUUGCUGUUUUAUCAUCUAUUUGUUAGUCUGUUCUGUUCUACAAUUCUGGGCUUUAUGGCUGUAGUUGCAUUGAAUUUCUUUCU